GGACACCGAUAUGCCAGGCAUAACUGGAAAAAAACCAGUUCAAACAUUCCUAGGUCCAGUUCCACAAUACCUGAGAAUGAGAUCAGAGAGGCAGAUAGAGAGGUAGGAGGAGAUCAAAGAGACUGCGAGAGCAACUGUGAGAGAGACUGUGAGAGAGGAGAGACACCUGGAAUUAGUACUUCAUGCAGAUAUUUGAGAGUUUUGUCCAGCUUGGAUGGUGACUAUAAUCUAUUACAGAGGGCACCUGGGAACAGGCUGCUGCUGAGAAGGCAGGACAAGAAAACAAGGUCCAGUAGGAGCAAAAGAACAAGCAUCAAAGGAUGUCUGAAGAGGAGAAGCCCCCGAAGGAGGGGCUGAUAGAGUUUUAUUCCUCGUACAGAGAACUUUUUGAGUUCUUCUGUAAUAACACCACCAUCCAUGGGGCCAUCCGCCUUGUCUGCUCCAGGAACAACCGUAUGAAGACUGCAUUCUGGCUUGUUCUUUUUCUGGUCACUUUCGGGCUCAUGUAUUGGCAGUUUGGGCUACUCUUCGGACAGUACUUUAGCUAUCCUGUUAAUAUUAACAUCAACAUCAACACAGACAAACUCAACUUCCCGGCUGUAACCGUGUGCACCUUAAAUCCAUACCGAUAUCAAGCAAUCCUCAAAGACCUGGAGGAACUAGAUCAAGACACCCAACAAAUAUUAUUUGAUCUUUAUCAAUACAAUGGGACUGGAAUUCAGGGUCGAAUUCCCGGUAGUAGGCGACGUCGUUCUACCUCACCGCUGCCGUACCCUCUAGAAAAGGUAGCUGUCGGUGAUAGAAAAUACAGGCAAGUUCGGAGCUUAAACAAUGGGUCAACGGAAGACGAGAUGCAAGUGAAACGCAGAGAGUGGAACAUUGGGUUCAAGUUGUGUAAUGAAACAGGAGGGGACUGUUUCUAUCAGACGUACAGCUCUGGGGUGGAUGCCAUCAUGGAAUGGUAUCGUUUCCACUAUAUCAACAUCUUGUCCAGAGUACCCAUAGAAAGUGAAAUCGAUGGAGAACAGUUAGAGAACUUUAUCUUAGCGUGUAGAUUCAAUGAAGGCUCGUGUUCUGAAGGAGUUUAUGCACAUUUUCACCACGCAGUCUAUGGAAACUGCUACACAUUCAAGGAAAACAGCAGUUCUUCUAAUAACAAGUGGAGUUCCUCGUUACCAGGAGUCAAAAAUGGUUUAACUCUUAUCCUUCGUACCGAUCAACAUGAUUACAUACCACUUUUUUCAUCUGUGGCCGGAGCACGUAUUCUUGUCCACGGACAAAAUGACACAGCUUUCAUGGAUGACCGUGGCUUUAACAUUCAGCCUGGUGUUGAGACCUCAAUUGCCAUGAAAAAGGAGACAAUCAGCCGCUUAGGAGACACAUACAGUGACUGUACCGAGGAUGGCAGCGAUGUGGAUGUGAAGAAUAUAUAUAAAAGUUCAUACACGCAGCAAACAUGCGUUCGCUCCUGUUUCCAAGCACACAUGGUUAAUCGUUGUGGCUGUGCCUACGCAUUUUAUCCACUUCCAGAAGGACAGGAAUAUUGUGAUUACAAGAAAUACAAAAGUUGGGGACAUUGUUACUACAAACUCAGCAAUGAGUUUGCUUCUGAUGAUUUGAAAUGCUUCACGAAAUGUCGUCAGCCAUGUCUAUUUUCCGAUUACAAACUGACUGCAGGAUAUUCCCGAUGGCCAACAGCAGUGAGUGAGGGUUGGGUACUACAUAUGUUGGCCAAACAACAGACCAAUGUUACAGAAAGGAAUGGGGUCGCCAAAGUCAAUAUUUACUAUGAAAAUCUUAAUUAUAAAACAAUCCAGGAAUCUCCAAAUAUCAAUAUGGUGAUGCUUCUGUCUCUACUAGGAAGUCAAUGGAGUCUCUGGUUUGGCUCUUCAGUUCUUUCGGUGGUAGAAAUGGGGGAGUUGGUUUUUGAUGUUGUAGCUAUUGGGAUAGUGUUUCUUCUUCACCGUUACCGCACUCGUAGAAAUCAGGAAGUGGAAGAAACAAGCAGUGUUGCAGAUUCUGUUCCAUCAUUUGAAAACAUCUCAGAAAGAGGUUCGGAGAUACCUCACAAUGACCCUAUACACACCCAAUUGAGGGUGGUAGCUGAUAUCACCCCUCCACCAGCUUAUGAAACCUUAGAUCUCAGCUCUUUGGGUGGGGGAUCUUCUCGCUCAUCCAGCUUACGAAGCAAUGUAUCUCAUCUAUCCCGUCAUGGAAACACUAGAAGGAGAUCACAAGGAGCAAUAAGGGCAAUGAACGACGCUGAAAAUGUGGAAUAAAGUGUUUUGGAGAAGGGGUAAAAUAGAAGGUCAAAUAGCCAAUUCUGGAAUUGGUGAAGAAUUGAUGGGUAGUUUAAGCUAUUGGUAAAGGGUAAUGUAGAAGGAUGAAAUAUAUGAAUACCAUAGCAAUAUGCCUUAAAGUAUAAAAUCAGAUGUUGCAAAGAUUACUAUGUAAUGUAUGCUACCAUGCAUUAUGUAUAAACUACUUUUACUUUAUAUUAUGAUCAUUGUAUGAUUCUCUAUGCAGUUCACUGCUUUGUAAUCUACCAUAACAUUGACUACUUCUGCAAGUUGCUGCCAGUCAGUAACAGUGACUGGUCGAUACUCAGUGAUUUUGGGCACAGCUAGUUGCCAGUGGGUGGUGCUAGAUACACCAAGUAACAGAAGAAUAAUGGGCACAGCAAGUUAAAUGAUCGAAGUGGGUACUUGUACGUACUGUUUGACACUGGAUGGCAGUGAACAUGAUAGUUACAAAGUGGCAGUGGGCAUUAUCAUAUGCAAAUUACCUAAUGUUGGGGGUGUAACAAUGGGGUGAUGCUAAUUCAAAAUGUGGAAGUGGGCAUAAGAGGCCAUGUAUUCUUACAGGGCUACUAGCUAUAAGGAGAUAUUAAUUUCCAGCGUGGUUGUGGGCUCAGCCAGUCAUAGAUUGGUAGAAGGCUCUAUUAGUUAUGGGGUUGAAUGGGUGAUUCUGAUUUGCAGUGUGCUUGUGGGAAUUUCGUAGAGGUCUCUAUAGGGCAUGAGGUGAAAGAGGUACUGCUUUUAACUGCAAUGUAAUUGAGUGCGGCUUGGGAUAGUCGUUCUGUGGCUAGCCACAUUUAUACAAUUUAUAACAAUUAGCAAUUGUUCCAAACUUGUAGUGGCUUCUACAGGAUAGUCACAUAACGAUAGGCAGUCCAUCGAGCCUCUCUGAUUAAUAUCACAAGUGAAAUGUUUUCAUGGUGUAUAGAUAACUUUGCACAGACAUAUAUACAAAUCCACAAUUUAUUGUUCUACAUGCACUAUAAAUGAUUAACACUGUCUUAUACUGAAAUAAUAAGUUGGAACUGAGCUAAAAUAAAGAUGAUUCUGACCCUG